CAUCGCCAAAGCCAUGACCGCAGCGCCUCGGGGGCCAGAUCUCAGUUUCUUAAACGAGGAGGAAGCCAGGGCGAUUUUUCAGGUGCUUCAGAGGGACUCGGAGCUCCGACAGGCUGAGAAGGACAGAGUCAGCAAACUUCUAAAGAGGAAGAAGUCUGAAACAGGGCUGCAGGGAGUGACUGGAGAAUGGUUUGAAGAAAUACAAAGAAAAAAAUUUCAGAAUUACGGUGAUGUCAAUAAAAUGCUAAAACCACCACUAGAGCAUCAGCUGAAGAAGAGCAAAAACACCAAUCAUAAAGAAUUAAAAAUGUCAUCCCGCACAAAUCCUCAAGCACAAAAGAACACUUCAGCUUCCUUUCUGGGGUUUAGAUCACCUUUUGCUUGGCUCUUCUCCUUCAGAAAAUCAAGGAAAAACCAGGCUCAGAAGCAACCACGAUAUGACAGCUCUACUAGCCCAAAUCCACAAGUGGAAGAAAUGGCAACGGCUAAAGUGUGCAAUUCCCCAAUGUCAACUGAACCAAGUAGUCAUUCUUUUGAUGCAAACCAAAAUGAAAUGGUGGUGAAAAGUACACAGGAAUGGAAUGAACAGCUAGAGAAAGAGUUUUUCAGUGUUCUAAAUGAUCUGGAUGACCAGCUGGCCCAGGAACAAGCCCAAGACCCAUUGGACAGGACAGUUUCUACUAGCAGUGUAUCAAAUGUACAGUACAGUAGUGCAUUCCCUACUUCAAAGAGGCAGACUGCUUGCAGGGGGCAACACAGAAAUGACUGGAGUGACAUGCCUGGCACAUUCUUCCCAGAUGGACUGAGAACAUUAAGAGCCAAAGAUGAACACAAGAUUUUCAUCAGACCAAGGAAAUUACACAAUGCAUAUAUAAACUGGCACCAGACAGCCUUUCAAGAAGAUUACAAAUAUGGUGAUCCAGUUGGUGGAACUUCUCAUCCACUAAGCAGCAGGCUGUCUUCUGCUUCUUUUGGGCAGUCUUCAGAAGGUAGCUUAUAUCCUCCUUCCAUAACACAGAACAGUGGAUUUAGGCACAGGAGUUGUAUGAACAGGGGUACAGCUGGCAGAAGUUACUCUGUGUGUUCCCUUCGGAGAUGUCCAUCAGUAUCUUCUGACCAGCUAUCAGCAUCUAGUUUACAACAUACAUUAGCAAGGGAGAGCAAUAAUGGUUUUGUACCAAGAUUUGGUCGACAGAACCCGAAGAGAAUUCCUCUGUCUUCUAUUGUAUGGAACAACACAUCAGACUCUCCUGGACAAAUCUCAACUCCGGAAAAAGUGUUUAGAACCCAAUCACUGAUGGAGUUUAAUACUACAGACCAUAGCAGAUAUCCUAGCUCCUUGCAAGACACAAAGAAAUAUGCAUGUUCCCACUCAAAACACCACUACAGAAGAUCUAUUUCAAGCGGUAACUGCUUUAGUAGGGUUAGUUGCCCUGACAAAGCUACUUCUCCAUUGCCCUUUGAUAACUGGGAAAAUUAUCCUUUACACAAAUCAGAAAAUAACCUCUCUAGAUCCUACUACAGAGAUACUUCUCAUGGCAAGUUGUAUGCAAAUCAGAAAAAUUCCCCUUAUGGAAAAAAAGACAGCUAUCCUUCUUGGGCUGAUAUUCCUCAGUACUACAGUGAUGAAGCCCUUCUUUCCUCUGAUGUCAGCUUUGACAUGAUAAUGGCCAAUUUAAAUGACCAUCAGUGGGCACAUACAAAGAAUUCCAAGUUUGGUUCUCAGCGCCGGCAGAGUGAUUUUCACAUGUGUUCUCCAGAAAAUACAAGUAUCACAAGGAUAACAAGAAGUGCAAAUAGGACUUUUUCCGAGUUCACUGAGCCUUGGCUAAGUUGCAGCUCUUCAGUUUCUUCAUCUAGUACCAGAACUGAUGAGUCAGUCUUGCCUAAUUUGAAGGAUCAAACAAAACCUAAAGGACUGAACAGGAAUUCAGCUGUCCUUACCCAAAGAAGUACUAAGGCAGACUUUACACAACUGGAAAAUGUUGAAGGUAUGAAACUGCCAGAUGAAGACAUGCCGUUACAGUCAGUUUCUCGACAAGCAGGAAAAAACUACAUCAAUACCCAGAGUUUUCCCUCUAACAGCCCUGCCUCUGCCAUCUUGCAAAGUGAUGCAUGUCUCUUCAACACAAUGAGAUCAAAGAGACAACCCCAAGUCACUGGCAGAGGAGACAUUGCAAAAAUGUAUAAAAUAAACAGUGAUAAAAGAAAUGUACAAAUGAAGGAAAAUGAUUGCCCACCCAACAGUGUUUUCUGUCAGCCUCCCUGUGAUUUGCCAGCUGAUGAGAGCAGGAAGGAACCUUUUCUUCCAAGUCAGAAAGAAUGGGAACAUACUGUGCAUUAUGCAGCAAAAAGAGAGAGCAUCAAACAGGAUAAUCGGGGUGCAGAAGCCAUUAACCAAGCUGUGCCAAAGAGAUGGUCCUCACUGCUCAAUGUUGCUUCUGCUUCAUCCACUGAAAAAUCAGCAAACUGCCAAGGCAUGUUGCCCUGUCCUGCUGAAUGUUCAUCUAGCUCCUCACAGAUCUCUCCACAAGCACUUUCUCAUAAAGACAAUUCUAAAUAUUUAGGAACCCUAGCUAGCUCUUCAAUCAAUUGCACAGUUACUGAAUCUCAAGCAGAAGGUGGAAAAACAGCUCAAGUGAGUGGAAUAGGUGUUACCAAAAAGAUUUCACAGAAAACACUGCAAAAUGCAAGCACUUUAGACUGUAACGGACAAGUCACUACUAGUUCUCCACAAAAUGGAAAUUCUGGAAAUAUUUAUAUGCAGAGCUUUGAUGGAGACCCCAAGAGCCCUGAACAUAGUUUAAGUUAUUCUUACCUUGAAAAAGAAAGUGGAAAAAUAAGUGGUAAUUCACCUUGUAUUGAAAGGCUUAACAAGCAAGACAGCCUGCUGAGACAUAGCAGUAGCUGCAGCAUUACUGGCUCCCCUAGCAAAAACAGCCUCAGAUCUCCUGACCCACUGGUUAUUUAUUACACUUUGCCUAGAAAAUCAGCCAGCAUUGCAGGUAGUAUUGUAGGAGAUACACCAAUCGCUUUACCUAGACAAAACAGAACAACAUACAGUUGUUCAAGGUCUGAAACUCCACAUAAAGCUGAUGCCUUUUGUUCUAAUCAGAGAUAUUUGUCUUGUUUAGAUUCAAAACAUUCUUUUUUAACAUCAGCAUCAUUAAAUGCUGCUAAAAGUAACAAAGAAAAAGAUUACUCCAGCCCUUUAACUGGAAGGCCUGAUGAUUCAGGAAGUAGUAGCACAUCAGUUGAACUGACAGACAGAUAUAAACAUCUCAGCAAAAAAGAAUCCUCUGUAUUUUCAGAUUGUAAGGAGAGGGGAAAUCUUUUGCAGAAGUAUAAAACUACAAGCACAUUUACAGUUUGUGUUGAUGAAGAUCACAUCAAGUAUCAUGAACUAGUUUCAGUUUAUUACACAUUACCACGAAGACAUUCAAAAACGUUUUGUAAGCUCUUUAGAGAUAAUCCAGAGGAUGCAGAUUUGACUUGUCCCAAAGAAAAUGCUCAGUCACAAAGAAUAUGGAGCAAGAAAAAUGAAGGUCAUGUGAGUUUAGCAAAUGUUUUUUUGCCCAGUACUUUGGAAAAAGAGGUGCCUUCAUAUUCUUCUGACCAAAUAUCUUCAGCUGUGGUCGCAUCUCAGAACUUAGGAACUGCUGUUGAUAAUGAAGAAGAGAAUUCCCACUUAUCUCCUAGUUCUGAGCAGACAUGUACUUCAGAGUCAACAAGAAUGGUACCUAGCAGGAAAGACAGUUCAGCAGAUUUUUCAUUAGCAGAAAAUGUGCUUUCUGAAAGGGUGACAAAAGAGAUUUCUUUUGGUGGCCCACAAUCCACUGCAAUAGUGGCUAAGUCAGGUAGGGCCAUCUCUGGAAUAUGUCUAAAGGAAAAGAUGGAAAUUUUACAAACACCCACACCUCUAAUGUCCACUUUAUUAACCCCUCCCAAGCCAGACAGAUGUUCAGAGAAUCCUUUGUACUCUACUUCAACAAAUAAAAAUAUUAUACAGAAGGGAAGCUUUGAAAAUGGCUGUCAGCCCACUAAAGUGAACAGCAAUACAAAUCUGAAUAGUUUAUUUCUCCACCCAGGAGAGAAGAGUUCCCUUGGAAGGAAAGGUAGCACAGAGCAGGCUGAUGUGUCGCUUCCCCCUGAGGAAGACAUGUACAGGGAUAGUAACGAAGUCAAACAGAGAGCAAAUUUCCUACACCAAACCACACCUCUGUAUAAUAAUAAAUAUAGUGGACUGCAAUUAAGGGCUGACAGUUCAAGAAAAAAUGCAAGUUAUUUAAACUCUUGUAGCAAACUGCUUUCAGAGGGUCAGAAGCCAUCAUCUGAGGUAAGCACAGCUUCCAGCACUGAUCCAUUACUUCAGCUAGAGGAAGGGGUUAGCACAGAAACAGCUGAAUUAAAGAAUCCAAACAUUAAAAAAGAGCAGAACUCACAGAGUACUGGGAUGGGUAAAGAUUAUAGUGGUUUGCAGGAAUCAGAGAGGCACAAUGAAAGCAGCCUUAAUGUUAACUGUAAAGAUAAAGUCCUCAGGGUUACACAAGGUCAGAAGAUAACACAGAGUGCAGAAGACGAGAAUAAGCUUCUCACUGAUUGCACAAGAGACAAAGUCAAAGAUAUAGAGAAAAGGAAAAAUAGACCUUCAAUUAAAAACAAACUGGCAGCUGUUUACAAAACAAGUAGAAAAUUUUCAAGUAAAAAUUUACCCCCCAAACCACACAUCAGUAACAUUUUUUCACAGAAUGAUGGAAGUGCCACUUCUUUAGAGGUCAACACAUCCCUUGACUCACUGAUUUCAAUGGAUUCCCAUCAGCCAUUCCUGCCAUUGGACAAUGAAAAUCAAAAUCACAGUCUGAACCCUGAUAAGAAUACACCAGGAGCAAGAACAGCUGAGAAUAAGAACACUGAAAAUCAGAAUGAUCCUUCUUUACUUUAUAAUAACACCAGUUGGAGGUCUUCUACAAGCUCAUACACCCAGAAGGAAGCCAUCAGUCCAAAAAAAGCUACAGUGAAAGUGGAAAAUAGGCCAAUUCUUACAACUCUAUUUCCAGAUAAAACAGUAGCCACAAGAAAUAAGAAUGCCCAAACACUUGAUCUCAAGUUAGAAAGCAAAAGCCAGCCCACCUCUUCCAGUGCUACUACAUCAGCCCCAUUGGAUGAUGAGAAAAGAAUAGCCAUCAGUUCUGCCUGCGGUCCUCCCUUGCCAGUUUUAUCUGACAAAAAUUCAAACACAUAUGUAAAUAGCUGCUUGCUGGCAGACCUAUGUCCAGAGCAAAACUUGACUUCCCAGACAGUGCUUGGUGUCUGUCAAAAUACCUCUCAGUCUGCAAGCUUAAAGAAUGCCAACUUGCACAGCCAUCAGGUGUGCAAGAGUCAUGCCAAAAGCCAGCGAGAACGGCACCUUUCUGAGACUAUUUGUGCUCCAGACUCACAUGAGACCUUUGCCUCUGGAAGCAAUAUUCUGCCCAAAGGUGGUGUGCAUGGGAAGAGAUUUAAGUCUUACUCGGAGCUGUUGUCUUGUGAUGAAAAUGAAAACUGGGCAUCAGACAAUGAAAAAUGUCACAGCACUAGAAAUCUGAUGUAUCCUUCUGUUGAAUUUGGUAUAUUUGGCAAAGAGCAACAGUUGGCUUUCCUGGAAAAUAUCAAGAGGUCACUCACAGAAGGGCGAUUAUGGAGACCUUGUCUUCUUAAUAACCCUGGUGGUCUCAGAGAUUCAGAGACCCCUUCCAUAAACAGGGCUGAGCUUCUGAGCUCAAGUUCUGCUGGGAGCAAAAUGUCAUCGGCUGCUUCAUCCCCCCAAGAGCUGGCUGAUUUCUAUCAGGAAGACCCAGCAGCUUAUUCAGAUUCAGACAGUGAUACCACCACUGAUGAUGAAUACUACCUAGAUGAGAUAGAUAAGGAAUCAGAGCUGUGAAGGGCCCAUGAUACUAAGAUGGCACGAUAGCUCAGUAGUUUCUGGGCUGGCAAAAAGCAUGUAAAAUACAUGGAGCCAGUUCUUGUGCUGCUAUAAAUUGGUACAAGUUCAUGAGUUUUAAAGUAGUAUGUUAUGUUAGCUGAGCAUUUUAACUUUUUUGUUAAAUAUGUGGCUUCACCAUUGUUGUUUCUCCUAACAGGAAAAAAGAAUGCAAAAAAAAUCCCUUCCCAAAAUAAUAGAAGGUAAACAACUGUGGAGCUUUGGGCAGUGUAACUCUGGAGAUGGCUUUCCUCUGAGUCAGCAAGCAGUGGCUGAGGCUCCUGCCAGCUACGCAGUGCUGGAAUAGAUGAAUUCUAGCUUGAGCUACUUUUUCUUACAAGAUUUAACAGAAAACCAGGAGUUUAGUUUGCUGAUAAAUUGCCAUUUCUCAGAUUUUCCUCAUUUACCAGAUCAAGCCUGAUAAUGCCUAUCCAUCCCACCCAACAAACACCCCCACCAAACGAAACCUGCUCAUUUUUUACAGCAUAUUCUGUAUGAAUGUUACUUCUCUGCAUUCCUGGGAAGCGCUGUGGCAGUGUCCCCAGUGGUAUUUGUUCUGCUGUGCAGCUGAGGUGGAUUCCACACCAGGACUUUUUUCCUCAGCACUGCAAGAACAGUGAGGAAUGUGAGUUGCAGAAGUGCUGCUUAGUGCACAGGAUACACCUUGGCCAAGGGAAUAGCACUGGAGGAUAUUAAGAAACACAGCUGAGCAUGGAAAUCUGCUUCUCAGGCCUGAAAGACUCAUAACCAGCACAGCUCUGGUCACAGGUGAGAUGAAUGGCCAGUUUUCUGCCACUGAUUUAGGAGCAGGUGCAUUUGGAUUAAUAAUCCAACAAUUUAAACCAUGCAAAAUGCAGAAAGAUUUUCACUAUUUAUUUCCUAUAUAAACCUCAUAGGUUGGAUCCUCAGUUGUCCUAAUAGUGGGAAGACAACCAUCCCCAGUACAACUUGAUCUGUCCCCAAGCUCUGUUGCUGCCUCAGUGCUGGGCUGGUCCCAGGUGAGGCACCUCCCAGGUGGUCCCAGGCUGGGCCCCUCCCUGCAGCAGCGCCCAGAGUGGCCCCAGAGGACACAGGGCCGUGUCACAUCGUGCAGACUGGCAGGGUAAAUCAGUAAGAAAUGCUCUUUGCCUCUUGCUAAAUUACUGUCCCUUUUUGGUAUCUUUCAACCAUUCCCUCUGUCACUGCAGUACUUGUUAUCUGGAUGCUGUAAACAUUUUCCAGUGGCUCUUCUCCAGCCACACUAGUAAUGCAGCAUUAUUACUCAGUAGCCAAAACUUGUCCCUGCCCAUUAAAUUUCUAACGAAGCUACAAUCUCUUUUUAUACAAAAUCAGAAGCAGCUCACCAAGCCAGAAGAUAGUAUUUUUAAAUAGCUAUACUUUUACUUCUACUUUAUUUCUAAUUUCACAUAUGGUCCAUAUUUUAUACACUUUUUAAUUAAAAAAAAUAAUUCUGUAAGACAUAAUUCUAUUUUUGUAACUGGAAGGACAUCAUACUGGUAUUUUAAAAAUAAUAUAUAUUUUACACAAAACAAGCAAUGCUUGUAUCACUGAAUACUCCACAAGAAAAUAACAGAUUAAAAUAUUAUAGUAGGUAGCUGGUCUCAAUUUUUUAUACUGGAAACUUCGUUAAAGAAGUGGGUCUGUAGUUCAAAUAUGUAUUGAUAUCUAAGUAUUAUCACUUUAUACUGGGAUAAUUUGUAUUUUGUUGUACAUAGAAGGACUAAUAUAAACGAUGUAUUUAUAGUCAGAAUUAAUCUCUACAACAUGCUUAUUUUGGAAGGAUGUAAACAUAUGCUGACAUGCAAUGCUGGAAGGAAAUUACUGCUGUAUCAUUGCAAAUUUGUAAUAAGUGGUAUUCUAAAGAGAACUAAUGUUUUUUCUGUAAAUGGCUCUGUUCUAUAUGUACAGGAUUCUGUAUAGUAAGACAAUAAAACCAGCUGAGUAUCAGUGAGGAAUUUCUGCUGUAUAUUUCUGCAAAAUAUGUUAAUCCAAAAAUUUGGAAUACCAGUCUUCAUAAGGUAAAAAAUUAUAAAAUAAAUGUUUACAACAGAA